ACGAAAUUAUUGGUUAUUCCGAUGUGUAUAUGUGUGGCCAGAAAUUAGCGAGAAAAUAUAUUUGGGCAAUGCAAGAGAAGCACAACACAAGUCAUGACGAAUUGAUCAUAACUCUUCCUUUCCUUUAUCGUUUCAUUUAGAAAACAUGGACACCGUGACACUGUCACUCCUUUCUCUCCCUCCGGUUCCGGUCCGUACAGUGUCCGCGUCUGCAUCAACCUCGUCCUCUGUCCCUCUCACUCACUCCUACUCCUGCUCGGCCAGGCAGAGGCUCUCCUCUCACAGAACAAGACUCAGUUUCCGGAAUCAUUCCUCUGCGGUUCCAAAACUUACGGUGACAUGCGGUGCGGCUGUGACGGAGAUCAACGAGACCCAAUUCAAAGACACGGUGCUGAAGGCUAACCGUCCGGUUCUUGUUGAGUUCGUCGCUACUUGGUGCGGUCCUUGCCGUCUCAUCUCUUCCGCCAUGGAAUCCCUCGCUAAGGAAUAUGAAGACAGAUUAACGGUUGUAAAGAUUGAUCAUGAUGCCAACCCGCAGCUAAUUGAAGAGUAUAAAGUUUAUGGACUACCGACAUUAAUACUCUUCAAGAACGGGCAGGAAGUUCCAGAAAGCAGAAGGGAAGGUGCAAUUACAAAAUUGAAACUUAAAGAGUACGUGGAUGCUUUAUUGGAAUCAAUAUCAGUUUCAUAGUCAUCAUCAUAUUCAUACAUGUUUCAAAGUUCUGACCUGUGCUGGGAGACUUGCGAUAUAGGAGCAUAUCUGUUUGUUUCCAUAUCUUGUAUGAAACAGUUUAACAGGUUUAUACAGUUGUAUAAUCUAUAUAAUAUCUGAAGCUGCAAAUACAGCAUAAUGUGGUGAAGGAAGGUUGUGCUAAAGGGUUUCUACUCGGGGCUGGGAUUCAGUCAUUCUAAAUCCAAAAAUAAAAUUUGUUAGAGACAAAUACGAAGAAAAAUAAAAUAAAAAUUGAAAAAAGACAAGUAUUUGGCUGGGUAAUUGGAUUCCAAAAUGAUGGCAUCCUCUCAGUCAGGCUCGUGUUCAGUCCUUGCAGCGGAGUUUUGGGGAAUUUGGCAUGGAUUACGUCUAGCUUGGAAUCAGGAUUGUUGUGUAUUUUGAUUUUGAUUUUGAUUCUAGCAAUGCUAUUAAUUUUUGCUAACUGAUGACUGUUGCAA